ACAUGUAAUACUUUUCAAUGUUUUAUCGAAACAUUUAAUUGUAUUACAAUAUCAACAGUCUUCAUACAAAAAUGGCAGCUACAACUUUCGUUUCUUGCCGUGGGUGCAACAGGUUCGGUGUCAUCUCCAAGAUGAUCGUUAGUGCAUUAGCCCUUUUUUAUGUUGCAUCUGCUAUCGUAUAUUGUGGUAAGAUCGACGACGACGACGACAUACCUCGCACUGUUACUCUGACUCCCACUGCCCAUUCUUGCCCUUUUGGAACUCUGCCUGUUUCCAAGAAUGCUAAGCGUGGAAAUGACAAGUGUGCUGAGAACAAAGAGCAACAUCUAUCAAAUAAACGUUGCCCCGGAAAAGUAUGUGCAUGCGGGAAGUCCGAUAUUGCACAAGCCGAAGGAUCUGGUCUUGAAAAAAGUGCUUCCUUUAUGGAGGUCGAGGAUCCUAUAGUGAUCAUUUCAGACUCUGUGGAUGAGGAAGCCACUGAAAGCAAUGAGGGCGCUAGGCCUACUGCCGGCAAGUGUAUUCCUAGGGAGAUUGAGUCUCCAGACGUGCGCUACGAAAGGCUUGUUUAGAGCAUUCCAGCUUC